GCGUGGCUGCGGGUCCCCGCUGUGUAGCCGUGUCCCGCACCCCUCAGCGGUGCAGGCUCCGUCUGGCAGCCCCUCGGGAGGGCCCGGCCCCUGCCGGUGUGUCCCGCUCCUCCCCCGGGUCACGGCAGACCCGCGGGCGCCCGUGGGCCGAGCCCGCCGCGACAGCCCCGCCACCGCCCCCGCCGAGCAGAGCCUGAGCCCUAGCCCUGCCUGCUCGGAGGGAGAUUUUCCGCCCCCGGUUUCUCAGCUCAUCCCCUUAACCUUACGGCAACCUCCGGGCUCAGCUCUAGUUCCCGUCUCCGAAGGAGAGAGAGCCCGGGCGGAUCUGGCUUCCCCGGGCCCCCAGGCGGUGUCAGCCCGGCGGGAUGCUGGACCCCGUCCGUCCCUCAAAAACCCCCUGGGAAUGCCUGCCAGUGCUCCCCAGUGCUGCUUGACAGAGACCCCAUCCGUUCUGCAUAAACCCCCUCGGGCUGCCUGCCAGUGUUUCCCAGCGCGGUCACUGGCCGGGUGGGAGAGGCAGCAAGCAUGGCACAUCCCGGGGUGGGGGGAAUGAGUAUAAUUCACUUAUCAUUUUCCAAGUGAGGACGUGGGGCUGGCUGGAACGGAAGGGCCCUGGUGAUGGGGCGGGCAGGCAGGGGCCCACCUUGCUGCGGGUUGCGGCUGGCAGGGGCUUGCUGCCAGACUGGAUGUCCUGAGAUGUCAUGGAGGUUUGCUGGUGUGGGCAGCAUUUCCAUCCGUGACUUGGACACACCUGUGUCACAUGAUUUCCCGUGCUGCAAGGGCUGGUCUGGGUGCAGGAGGGUUUGAACUGUAGAAGUUAAUUCAGCAAAGCCAGGUACUGCAGGCUGUGCAGAGACCUGUCCUGGCACGGGCAGGGUGCCUGUGUAUGUGAUGGAGGGGAUUCAGAUGGCACACGCCAGACAGGAGCCAUCGCUUGGGAUAAAACUCAGGAGGUGUUUGGAGAGCGUGACCUGUAAGGGACAGAGGUACUGGAUUCCUUUUGGAGAAGACAAAGGGAAGCUUCACAUCUGUCAACACCUGCACGUAUCUCUCAGGCCUGUCCUGCUACAAAAGGAUGUUCAGCCUUUCCUACCUUCCUCCCUGUAGAUGAGAAGUAAGGGAGUAGUGGGAGGAAACUCCUCAACAGCAGGUCUGGAGGUACAGGGGCAGUUUUUGUGAGGAGCUGUCUGAGCCUCCCCAGAGCAGAGGGGGAAGAUGUCAGAGAAAGAGGUGCAGCUCAUCUGACCUGGAUCUUCAGGUACACUUGAUCUGCACUGAGAGGGGUGGGGGUAUGGGUUAGCUGCCCACUUGAGCUGCCUUUUAGCCCCCAGGAUUUAAGAAAUACUGUAGUAAUUGUUCCAUAAUAUCCUAAAGCCUGGCUUUGGCUGGCAGCCUUGCUUGGCACCCUUCCUAUAACUUGAUCUUUUAAAGAAACCUCCAAAUGUCACAAGUGAGCACAUGAAGCAAGGCUGGCUGUCCCCUUGCUUGCCCUACAGAGCCCACGGUAAGCUGAAACCUACAAAAUAAGCCUGGAAGUGGUCAAGAACCCCAAUCCAUCUCGGCUCCUGGAAAGAGGGUAAGGCCUGAAGAGUCCCGAGUAGCUUGCAGUGGCUUUGUUCUUUGUCCUGAGAGGUGUCUAGUUGUUCAUGGCUUGGUCAGUUCUCCUGUUUUGCUUUCUCUGAGCUGGGUGAGACUGGGGAUGGCAGCCCAUCUCCAGCUGCAGAGGGAUGCCAAGGUGGCCAGGGCUGCCCUUCCCUCACCGUGUGCCUCCAGACAGCCAGGCAGAUGCUGGCUAGGUCACAACAAAUGGUCCUCCCCACUCUGCUGUGCUGCAGCUGACAAGGUGACUUGCCUGGUGAAUCAUAAGUGAAUGCUGCUGAAAGCUGAGUUUUUUGCAGACACCACAGCAUUAGCCCCACUCCUUGGACAAGCUCCAUCUUGGGCGAUUCUACUUGGACACUUGAAAUGCUCCCUGUUGCCUUUGCAGGCACAGGGCUCUGCUCUUCUGCCUGCGAGCUCUUGGAGACUUGUUGGGGACUGUAAAACAGCUGCUGCUUUCACUCCCUGCCUGUUUUCUUGCUGGAUGUAGGGGGUUGUCUGUAGAGCCUGACUGCGGGACUGUGAAAGAGGCUCUGUUAAUGCCAGGCAGUUGAUUUGCCAAUAAAGGUUGGCCUUAUUUUUCCCAUCAGCUCUACUCUGCCAGCUGCCAAAGGCUGAUGAGGGACACAGAUUAACUGGUAUUGGUUUUGGAGUCUGACAAUUACCAGCUUAACUAGAGUGAUGGUUCUUAAAGAUGUGGCUAUAAUUAGGUCAAACUGUCUUGUUUGUUGAAUUCCCAUUCAGCUCCCAAACUUAGUAGUGGAAAUGAACUUGGGGCCUUUUUCAGGAUUGCUGUUUGUCUCCAUUGGCAAAGAACAUUGGGAGAUGGCUCCUUUGCUCCUCUCCUUGCUGCCAGAGCCUGUGGGCAAAGGCAGUGUUGUUCUCUGUCCCUCACAGGGGCUGCUGAGCUGUCAUGGGGAACACCACCAGCGAAAGGGUGUCUGGGGAGCGCCAUGGCUCCAAGUCCCACCGCUCGGACGGCUCCAGUGCCUCCCACCCCGCCAAGGAACACCCACACAAGAUCAUGGUGGGCAGCACCGAUGAUCCCAGCGUUUUCAGCUCCCAUGACUCGAAGAUUCCUGGGGACAAGGAGUUUGUGUCGUGGCAGCCAGAUCUGGAGGAGUCAGUGAAACCAUCCCAACAGGCUCGUCCAACUGUCAUACGCUGGGCUGAUGGAGGCAAAGAGGUCUUCAUCUCUGGAUCCUUCAACAACUGGAGCACCAAGAUCCCACUCAUCAAGAGCCACAACGACUUUGUUGCUAUCUUGGACCUUCCAGAAGGAGAGCACCAGUACAAAUUUUUUGUGGAUGGCCAGUGGGUCCAUGAUCCAUCUGAGCCUGUGGUUACCAGCCAGAUGGGGACGAUAAACAACCUCAUCCACGUCAAGAAGUCUGACUUCGAGGUGUUUGAUGCAUUGAAGGUGGAUUCCUUGGAGAGCUCAGAAACCUCAGAUUUAUCCAGCUCCCCACCGGGACCUUAUGGCCAAGAGAUGUAUGUAUACCGGCCUGAGGAGCGCUUCAAAUCCCCACCCAUCCUCCCGCCUCACCUCCUCCAGGUCAUCCUCAACAAGGACACCAAUAUCUCGUGUGACCCAGCACUGCUGCCCGAGCCCAACCACGUCAUGCUCAAUCACCUCUACGCGCUCUCCAUCAAGGACGGCGUGAUGGUGCUCAGUGCCACGCACCGCUACAAGAAGAAGUACGUCACCACGCUGCUGUACAAGCCCAUCUGAGCCGGGGCCUCACACGCUCCCCACGCAGGACACGAAAUGCCGCUUUGUCUGCACACACUGGGCCAUGGGACUGUGUGACAACUCUGGCUCCAGCCUUGAACCUUGCAGGGACACAGGCCCCGGCAACAAGCUCAGGGCCACUGGGGCCUGUGACACUGUCCCAUCCUACUGGCGUGGUUUAGCUCUUGGUUUCUGCCCACCUGCAGCUUCCCUUGGCUUCUGUGAGUCUCUGGGACCACUUUGCUGCUCACCAGAACAGCCUCUCCUCACGCCCAACACGGAAAGGGCUUCACUCUGCCUGUCUUCUCCAGCCUGUGAGGGCCUCAAGCUGGUCCUGGCACUGCACCCAGUCCAGGCUCCAGGAACACAUCCUAUUCUUCUGAAGGUUGCGCUGCUGUCCUGGUGAUGAGUCUCCAAGGCCACCUUGUUUGCUAGGGGCUCUGUGAUACCCCAGCCUGGCACCUGCCCCGUCCCACAGCCCUGGCUGUGAGGCUUCCCACCAGCUUUGAGGAGGGCUCUGCAGCCCCAGCCCUCUGCCUGGUUCAGCGUUGAGCAGCAUGAUGGACAGUACAGCUGGACCCAGCCACUCUUACCUGCUGCUGUGAGAGCACCGUCAAGGACUGCAACACCCUGUCCCCAGCAUCGGGUGCUUCUGUGGGGCAGGGCUGACUUUGUCACAGCCAGAGGGGCACCGGCACCUGCCCACGCUGGAGGGGCCUGGGAAGAGCAGAGCCAGGACCCUGGCUGCACCGCCUGCUGCCGCAGCAGUGCCAUGGGACAGGGGGUUCUCUAUUUAUUACAGUAUUUAUUGUUCUCA